AUGGCUUCCAACGAGAACGGAAAGAACACCCGCGUCACUCACAAUGACCCCAAUGCCUCUAUUCCAACUCAGCCUGUCUCAAUGCAUCCCAAUUACGACAUGACACAAUUCAAGCAUCUACUCUAUGCCGGCUUUCCCUCUUCUCCUACUUUGCGCCAGGAGGGUAAGCGCAAGGAAGAUGUGCCUGACUUGUCUCGACUUUCUCUCAGUGAGACCCAGAAGAAUAGUCAGGGCAAUGAUGGCGAUGACGCCCAUCCCACGGGCAUACAGAGUGUACCUCAAGAAGUGGUCCUGCGUAUCGCGGCCUACCUGCCUCAAGCGGACAAAUGCCACCUCGCCCAGACAUGCCGAGGCAUUUCCAUUCUCAUGAAGACACCUUUAGAUGAACAAGACGCGAUGGAGGACCACCACGCGCUAUGGUGGGCAUGUGUGAAGAACGAUGCCGAAUUGCUGAAGCGUGUGUUGGCUAGAGACAAGGCUCUUGUUAACUAUCGCUUUAAGGAAUACCACCCCAGCCGCUCGGCCCCCCAGCAUGUUGCUUGGAGUAAGCAUCUUACGCCAUUGAUCCUCUCCAUGCGAUUCGGAGCGGACCAGGUGUUCCUACAACUCUUGAAAUCAGGAGUGGAUGUGAACCUUCUCGAUGAACUGCCCCUGCUCAGCGGGCCCACGUUCAUGGAACACCGCCGACAAUGGCGGCCUAUCAAUUGGGCAGUUCAUAUGAUGAAACCUGGUGAUGACUUCGACCUUGCCGUCGGCUUACUUGCCGCGUAUGGAGCGAACGCUAAUGAAGCUCCGCUGAUGCUCCCAUGGGAAGACCCUGCUGAUGAUCCCCGUCCGGGAGAUCAAAUGCCACUUUUUGAAAAGCUUGGAUUGCAGCUAGGGCUUAGUUCGCACAUUCCCCUCGAUGACAUGAAGGUCAUGUACGAUCAGCGACGAAGUUGCUUGAUUUCGCUACUUCAGGCGGGGGCAGAUGCGAAGGCCGUCGAACCGUACAGCUCGCACACCACUCUUUAUCGUCUUACCCAUUCAUUGAUGAACUACCAAGCCCGUCGAGAUCUGAAGGCGUACGACUUCGGCAACGUUUUCCUUAAUCAGUUUGUAAUUCCCCACUGUCUUCAUACGUUUGAGAUCCUCAUUCGCUGCGGCGCCCAGCUGUCAGAAACCAGCUGGGACUACGAUGGCGGUUUACAUACCCCUCUUCAUUUAAUCUGCAAGAAGAGCGGUGAAUUCGAACGUGUUAUCAACUACUUUCUUCAGAAAGGCCUUGAUAUUAAUCAAACCGACAGUUACGGUCGCACGUCUCUCUACAACAUGAUACGUUUCCCUCCUAGCGACCCUAAGGUCAUCUCCCGAUUCAUCCAAAAGGGCGCUAACAUCAACCAUCGAGACAAUAUGCUUCGAACACCCUUACACGCAGGUUGUGCAAAUUAUCGCGGUUCUCAAGAGCAACUUAGACAGAUAGUCAAGGUUUUGCUCCAGCAUGGUGCCGACGGGGCUGCCACGGACAUUGACGAAAAGACACCCCUCGAUCUUUUCCUUGAAACCCGUAGACCUGCGAACUCGGAAGACUUGGUUGAGCUUUUACGUAACGCUACACGACGUACACCAGGGCAUAUCGGCGGUGAUGGCAAGGCAGGACGAGGCGGACGUGGUGGGCGUGGUGGGCGUGGUGGACGUGGCGGAAGAGGCAGUCGAGUUCCGUGGUGA